AUGCAUCAUGUUGAUUGGACUGCUUGGGUCUGGAACUCUUUCAACUUUCCUAAGCAUUCUUUUAUUACAUGGAUAGCAGUUCAGGAUAGGUUGAGAACUAGAAAGAAACUCAUGUCCUUGGGCAUAUGUCAGGAUGCCAGCUGUUUACUUUGUGGGGAGAGUGAUGAGGAUACUGAUCAUCUUUUCUUUAACUGCAGCUUCAGUAAGACCUGUAUUAGACUUAUGAGUCAAUGGCUUGAUAUCCCAGUUUCUUCUCAAAAUAUUCAGGAAGCUUGGAAAUGGUGGAGGAAGAGCAUUAAAGAUCAGAUUAAGAGGAAAGUUGUUCUGGCAGUUCUUGCAGCAGUGGUUUAUCAUAUUUGGUUAGCCCGAAAUCAUGCUUAUUUGAAGAAGGCUGUUAUUCACCCUAGGAUUCUUUGCAAUGCUACCCGAAUUGAAAUUGUAGACAGACUUAAGGGUCUUAUUUAUUUGUCUUGGAUAAGGGAACAUUGUAAAUGGCUUGAUCAUCUUAAUUAUAGGAUGAUAGGCUGA